UCGGGCUUGUCGCUAGUGGGCUUGUACAUGCUCCUGACUGGCUCAGGAGAGUCCUUCAAUGUCGGCGACUUUCUGAUGAGUAUUUCGCCACAUCAAUGGUCUUUACUGGGCAUUGCUCUCUGCGUGGGUCUGAGUGUCGGCGGAGCUGCAUGGGGAAUCUUUAUUACAGGAGCAAGUUUAGUCGGAGGAGGUGUUCGUGUCCCAAGGAUUGUCACUAAAAACUUGAUCAGUAUUAUCUUUUGCGAGGUUGUUGCUAUUUACGGUCUCAUCAUGGCAAUCGUCUUUACAGGCAAGCUUAACGACGUGCAGGACGCGACUAUUACCUCUUCAGAGACGUAUUAUAAAGGAUUUGCUUUGUUCUGGGCUGGAUUGACGACCGGACUGUGCAACUUGGUUUGUGGCGUUUCUGUGGGUAUUACUGGAAGCAGCGCUGCCUUGGCGGACGCUCAUGAUGGACAGCUCUUUGUCAAAGUAUUGGUCAUUGAAAUUUUCGGAAGUAUCGUUGGUCUCUUUGGUUUGAUUGUUGGUUUAUUGGUC